AUGCCUGACAUUACCGUGGAGGAUGCCUCUUUACCCGAUUCUCCUACUGUCCAGGAAGAGGACCUUACUCAUGCUUUUCCAAGUGGACCGACUGAUCCAUCAAUACUACGGAGUUUCAAUAGUCAUGUUGUUGCAACUGUUUGGCAUGAGAAGUUAGCUCGUUGCACUUAUCGGUUCAUCAACAAGCUUCUAAUCUCCAGUUUUGUUGAGAGAUGGCAACCUGAGACGAACACAUUUCAUAUGACAGUUAGUGAGAUGACCUUGACCUUGGAUGAUGUUGGCACUAUUCUUAGCCUUCCCAUUGUACGCAGAUCAGUCAGCGUACCAGAUAUGACGGAUCUUCAUGGAGUUACAUUACUAGUUUCUGGCUUGGGGAUUACUGAACGUGUAGCACAUGACGGGGUUUCUACUGCUAGUGGGAAUUCAGUUAGGCUUGAGUGGUUGCGAAGUCAGUUUGCUGGUGUCACAGGUUCAGACCUAGAGGAGGCUAUAUAG